AAGAUUUAUGCACCUGUAAACAAAUUGAAACCUUUAGGAGAGGCUUUGUCUCUCAACCUUCCCUUUGACGUUUAAAUAAGCUCUAGGGUUCAAUUUCCCAAUUCUUUUUAAUCAAUCAGCGAAUUUUGAGGAGAAAUUACGAGGAUUUGAUUCUUUUGCGGGGGUUGUGUUGUUAUUGCCUUAUAGAGGAUAGACAGUAUUAUAUUAGCAAACUGAAAUGAGUGUAGUUGGAUUUGAUAUUGGUAAUGAAAACUGUGUUAUUGCUACUGUUAAGCAACGGGGUAUUGACGUGUUAUUGAAUGAUGAAUCAAAUCGUGAAACCCCAGCUGUUAUAUGCUUUGGGGAGAAGCAGCGAUUUCUUGGAGCUGCUGGUGCUGCAUCUGCUACAAUGAACACAAAAUCCACCAUUUCUCAGGUGAAGAGAUUGAUUGGCAGAAAUUUUGCAGAUCCUGAUGUGCAAAAUGAGCUGAAAAUGUUACCAUUUGAAACUUCAGGAGGUAAAGAAGGUGGCAUUUUGAUUCACUUCAAAUAUUUGGGUGAGAAGCAGACAUUUACGCCAGUGCAGAUCAUGGCAAUGCUCUUUUCACAUUUGAAAGAAAUAACAGAGAAAAAUCUUGAAAUGCCAGUUCGAGAUUGUGUCAUUGGGAUACCAUCGUAUUUUUCAGACUUGCAGAGAAGGGCAUACUUGAAUGCUGCAGCAAUUGCUGGGUUGAAGCCUUUGAGAUUAAUGCACGAUUCUACUGCAACAGCACUGGGUUAUGGGAUUUACAAAACAGAUCUCUCCAACUCAGGGCCAACAUAUGUCACAUUUGUGGACAUUGGACAUUGUGAUAUGCAAGUAUCCGUUGUAUCAUUCGAGGCUGGGCAUAUGAGAGUUCUUUCACAUGCUUUUGAUAGCAGCUUGGGAGGGAGGGACUUCGAUGAAGUUUUGUUUAGUUAUUUUGCAGAACAAUUUAAGGAGCAGUACAAAAUAGAUGUGUAUACAAAUGUCAGAGCAUGUGUAAGGUUAAGGACUGCAUGUGAGAAGUUGAAGAAGGUUCUAAGUGCAAAUGCUGAGGCACCACUAAAUAUUGAGUGCUUGAUGGAUGAGAAAGAUGUAAAAGGUUUUAUAAAGAGGGAAGAAUUUGAGAAGCUAGCUUCAGGAUUAUUGGAAAGGAUUACUGUUCCUUGCAGAAAAGCAUUAGCUGAUUCAGGAAUAUCAGUGGGAAAGAUUCAUGCCAUUGAGCUCGUUGGCUCAGGUUCCAGAAUACCAGCUAUUAUGAAGCAGUUAGCGUCUCUUUUUGGCAAAGAACCCUGUCGAACACUGAAUGCAAGUGAAUGUGUGGCACGUGGGUGUGCCCUACAGUGUGCAAUGCUUAGUCCAAUUUUUCGAGUGAGAGAAUACGAGGUUCAAGAUUCAUUUCCUUUUUCGAUUGGAUUCUCGUCAGAUGAAGGCCCAGUUGGCACAGGAUUAAAUGGCAUUCUGUUUCCAAAAGCCCAAUCUAUCCCAAGUAUAAAAAAUUUGACAUUUCAACGAAGUAAUUUGCUUCGUUUGGAAGCAUUUUAUGCCAAUGUGAAUGAAUUGCCUCCUGGUGUAUCCGCGAAAAUUAGUUCUUUUACUAUUGGUCCUUUCCCAGGCUCCCAUAGCGAAAAUGCAAGGGUUAAAGUUAAUGUUCAGUUGAAUCUUCAUGGCAUUGUAACUGUUGAAUCAGCAAUGUUGAUGGAAAAGCAUAUAGAUGAUCCUGUUAGAAGGGCUAAUGCUCCAUCAGAAAUGGACAAAAUGGAGGUUGAUUCUGGAAGUGGUGAUGAGAAUGAUGUGACAGUUGAUUUAAGAUCAUCAGAUGCUUCAGCUAAUGGUGCAAUCAGAGAUAAAGGCAGCCGAAGGCUCGAGAUACCAGUUAGGGAGUUUUUUUAUGGUGGAAUGACAGAGAUCGAGCUUUCAGAAGCUAAAGAAAAGGAACUUCAGUUGGCUGAGCAGGAUAAAAUUGUUGAACAAGCUAAAGAGCGAAAGAAUGCCUUGGAGUCCUAUGUUUAUGAUAUGCGCAAUAAGCUUUUCAACACAUAUCGGAGCUUUGCCAAUGAUGAAGAGAGAGAAGGUAUUUCCAGGAGCUUUCAAGAGACAGAGGAGUGGCUUUACGAAGAUGGUGAUGAUGAAACUGAGGAUGCUUAUAGCUCAAAGUUGCAGGAUCUUAAUAAGUUGGUGGAUCCCAUUGAGAACCGGUAUAAGGAUGAAGAAGCAAGAGCACAAGCUAUACAAGAUCUGUUAAAUUGCAUUGUGGAUUAUCGAAAGGCUGUUAACUCUCUUCCAGUUGAGGAUUCGGAAUCGAUCAAUAAUGAGUGCAGUAAAGCAGAGCAGUGGCUGAGAGAGAGAACUCAACUACAAGAUACCUUACCCAAGAACAUCGACCCAGUUCUGUGGUCAAAGGAGAUCAAGAGCAGGACGGAGGACUUAAACUCGGUUUGUAAGCAUAUACUGGAAAAGAAGGAUCCACCGGAGAAUGUGGAGGAUGCAGAAGACGAACCAUAGGAUUGCAGUGUUGAAGGUCUGGUGGAAGCUCACUCUAAUAGACAUUUGCAAUAUGAACAGUCUACACACGGCCUAAUUAUACAAUUUUUUGCCAUUGACAACUUACAAGAUUAUUAGUAAUAUUAGUGGUAUUGUUUUCCCUGUGCUUAGUAAAGCGGAACACGCUAUUACACAGGUGGAUUAUGAGGCGUUUACUGGGAUAGAUUACCUAACAAAGGAUAUCGUUUUGAACUCUGUUUCAAUGUUUAUUGAUGUACAAACAAAGGGGUUGCAAUUUUGAAUGAUUUUCAAA